AUGGCUAGUGGAGAUCUUCCUCGGAUUUGGAAUCAAUUUCUCGACGCUGCAAAGAAGGGAACUAACAAAGGACGAUCUCGUUCUUAUAAGAAAAGCUUAUGCAAGGCUGCGUUGAAAUUUUCGGAUAAAUUACUUGGAAGCGGAUAUAUCAACGAAGACAGAUAUGAUUUGUGGGAGGAAUGCAUCGGCAAAGUUUGUGCGGUUCUUGAAGGAGACGAUGAUAUGAUUCAGAGUAAGUACUUGGCUAUGUUUUCUAAGUUAGAAUAAUUUUUACAGGAACCGUUCGUGAAUACUUCUUGGGCCUGCAUUCUGGAGAAUUGUCAGAUUUUUCGAUCGAAUUUACUGGUAAUAUAAUGUUUAUAUUGAUAUGAAUACUAUUUGUUUUUUAAAUUUUUUAAACAAACAUUAUGUUUCAAUUAAUCUUUUUUUAAGCCAUAAAAUUUUAAUAAAAUUCGUUUUUAGAUAAAAGCGAAGGGACGUCAAUUGGUAAUAUAUGUGAAGUCAUGUUUUCUGGCAUGCGUCGGCGAUUCUUCAUCAAAUGCCACCAGAGAGGCCUACGUUCAACUUCCUUAUCCAUUGCGAAUCGAUACAGUAGCGUAAAUCGGCCAUUCGUUCAAGAAAUUUAUGUAUACGAGGUAUUCUAUUGAAUUAAUUGAACAAAACUAACAUUUUAUUAUAUUAUAAUAUCUGUUUUAAUUUAUAUUUUUAGUUACUGUCGUUGAUCAAAGUCGGCGGAGAAGUCCAUUUUCCCCUCCCAAUAACCGAUACCAAGAAAGCUCUAUACAUUGCAACAGAGGAGAUCAACUUUACAAUCGCAAAACAAUUGACGGCACAAACCGUGAAUUCCAACGCCAUGAUCCUUGUGGACUUUCUCCAAUUCAUCCUGCGUUUGGAGGACGUCGGUACAAACGGAGGAAAUUACGGACAAACCGAUGAAGGAGACGCAGUUGUCGUCGAUUUUUGGUAAUUUUUGUUUUGUUAAAAAUUCUAAAUAUAACCUGUUUUAUUUUAGGGUUAUUCCGAAGGAUGAUUAUGUGCAUACGGAUGAUCAAUGUUCUCAUUUUUGGAAUGCGCUACACAACUGUAACUCUCGACUGAUCUCCGAUGUCUUGAAGAGGGUGACCAUAGAGCAAAGAAAAGAAAUAAUUAAUGGAGCAAUCGAAAAAUGGAAUCUGCUACAAAGCAUUGAACAGGCUAAAUCUCUGGUAGAACAAUUUCUUAUUAAAAAUGGAGGAAGGAUAGAAGUCAGUGGCGAUCUUAGUCGAUACGUUCGCGAUGUUAAAUCCAAUGUAGAGAAAUUGAUUAAGUAGUUUGUUUGAAUACCGAAAUGUGAUUAUUACUUCAUGUAAUUGUUUGUUUUUCAUUGAUGCAGUAAAAUAAAUAAAACACUUUUUAUUGCUUUGCAACAGUUUUAAAACCAUGACCAGUAAUUAUUCCUUUCAGAAAUACUUGGUUCUCUUUGGUUAAUUUAUAUUUGGUCUUUUAUGUUUUGGUCUUUUAAUUGUAGUAUGACUGUUCUCAUUUUAUGACAAUUUUAAACUCUGAUCGGAAUCAGCUAAUCGUGUCUAAAUUUAUAAUACCUACUUCUUUUUCUUCAAUUCUUUGUGGUGGUAGAGUGUCUCUCAUAAAUACUCGGAAGUUUCUCAUCUUUAAUAAUUUAACAUGUUCUUCAAGAUCAAUAUUUGUUAGACUUGCUAGGUUUUUAUCGAAUCUUAGAUUCUCAAACUAUGUAUAAUUUUGUUGAUGUCCACACUACGCAGAACAUUAAUAAUUCCGUUAGGAACUUUUUGAAGUUCUCGCGGGAGACAUACUUUCUUGUGAUUGUACAAUUGUCAUUACCCAUUACCCAUUACGAAGUUCAAAAUUUGUUCAGAAGUUAACAUUUUGAACGAGAAUUUAAAAAAACGAAAAAAAAAUGAUGACAAAAAAUUAUAAUUCAAAGUCUGUAUGUAGACGUCUUUACAGGUUUCGAAAAAAUGUUGGAGGAAAAAAUAAAAAAAUUUGAAAAAAAAAGUUCGCCUCGGGCCGGGACCGAACCCGAAACCUAAAAUUUUAAAGACGAGCUCGCUAACCACUCUGCCACCCGUUGUUAUUUUUCUUGCCCGCAAAUGUUUGACAUAUGAAACAAUGAGAAAUAUGGCGUAUUUUCGAUGGUGAAAAACUCGUUUUGGGUGCAAUUGUGGCAAUUUUGAAAACGAAUUCGAGAUCAGCGAGUUCGAAUCUAUAUGUGUACCAAGUCUCAUUAAAAGUUUAUUCCGGGACCUUAUACACUUUCCUUGUGAGGAAAGACGUCAAGAGUUUGUAGAUUAUUACAAUAAAAGAAUUCAAGAUGAAAUAGAGAAUCCUAAACUUCCAAAAGUUCCAAAACCUGGAGAUGAGGUUAAAAAGAGUAAAGGAAUAAAGAAAAAUGUUGUCAAGAAGUUAAAAGUUGAAGAUUUUCGAGAAAGUCUUUUUAAUAAGAGUAUUGUUAGAAAGAAACAAUGUUGUAUUCGAAGUAUCAAACAACAAUUAUACACUCAAGAAUAG